GGCGGACGGCAGCCCGCGGCCGUCCCCGCUCCCGUCCCCGCAGUCGUCGCUAGAGCCGUCGUCGCCAGAGCCGGCCGGGGGUGUCCCGCAGCCGGGGCGUCCCACGCCCGCUACAGGGCUCGCUGCCUGUCCCGCCGCCGCCGCCGCCGGGGGUGUGGUGAAGCGGGGCGCGGGGGCCGCGGGCGCCGGGCGGGGAAGAUGCCCCUGGCGCAGCUGGCGGACCCUUGGCAGAAGAUGGCCGUGGAGAGCGCGGCGGAGAGCAGCACGGAGAAUGGACAGCAAAUUGUGGAUGAACCGAUGGGAGAAGAUGAUAUCAACCCACAAACUGAAGAAGGAACUAUCAAAGAAAUUGCAAUAACUCAUCAUGUGAAGGAAGGACAUGAGAAAGCAGACCCUUCGCAAUUUGAACUUCUGAAAGUACUAGGACAAGGAUCCUUUGGAAAGGUAUUUCUUGUCAAAAAAAUCUCAGGAUCAGAUGCUAGACAGCUUUAUGCAAUGAAGGUAUUAAAAAAGGCCACCUUGAAAGUUCGAGAUCGAGUUCGAACAAAAAUGGAACGUGAUAUCCUAGUAGAAGUUAAUCAUCCUUUUAUUGUCAAGUUACAUUAUGCUUUUCAAACAGAAGGGAAGCUAUAUCUUAUUUUGGAUUUUCUCAGGGGAGGAGACUUGUUUACACGAUUAUCCAAAGAGGUGAUGUUCACGGAAGAUGAUGUUAAAUUUUACUUGGCGGAAUUAGCACUUGCUUUAGAUCAUCUACAUAGUCUUGGAAUAAUAUACAGGGACCUGAAACCAGAAAACAUACUGCUUGACGAAGAAGGACAUAUCAAAUUGACAGAUUUUGGCUUAAGCAAAGAGUCAAUUGAUCAUGAAAAAAAAGCCUACUCUUUCUGUGGGACAGUGGAAUAUAUGGCACCAGAAGUUGUUAAUCGACGAGGCCAUACACAGAGUGCAGACUGGUGGUCAUUUGGUGUUUUGAUGUUUGAAAUGCUCACUGGUACUCUACCUUUCCAAGGGAAAGACAGAAAAGAAACCAUGACUAUGAUUCUCAAGGCCAAACUUGGAAUGCCCCAGUUUUUGAGUCCUGAAGCACAGAGUCUUCUCAGAAUGCUCUUCAAAAGAAACCCAGCAAACAGAUUAGGAGCAGGUCCGGAUGGAGUUGAAGAAAUUAAGAGACAUCCAUUUUUUUCCAAAAUAGACUGGAAUAAAUUGUACAGGAGAGAAAUUCAUCCCCCUUUUAAACCUGCAACUGGCAGACCUGAAGAUACAUUUUAUUUUGAUCCUGAGUUUACAGCAAAAACUCCAAAAGAUUCACCUGGUAUUCCACCUAGCGCUAAUGCACAUCAACUUUUUCGGGGAUUUAGUUUUGUAGCUAUUGCAUCAGAUGAUGAAAGCCAAGCAAUGCAGACAGUUGGAGUUCAUUCAAUUGUUCAGCAGUUGCACAGGAACAGCAUUCAGUUUACUGAUGGAUAUGAAGUAAAGGAAGAUAUCGGAGUUGGGUCUUACUCUAUCUGCAAGAGAUGUAUUCAUAAAGCUUCAAACAUGGAAUAUGCUGUAAAGAUCAUUGACAAGAGUAAAAGAGAUCCAACAGAGGAAAUUGAAAUCCUACUGCGCUAUGGACAACAUCCAAAUAUUAUUACCCUAAAAGAUGUGUAUGAUGAUGGAAAAUAUGUAUAUGUAGUAACAGAGCUUAUGAAAGGAGGAGAACUGCUGGAUAAAAUUCUUAGGCAAAAAUUUUUCUCAGAACGAGAAGCUAGUGCUGUUUUAUUCACAAUAACAAAAACUGUUGAAUACCUCCAUGCACAAGGGGUUGUUCACAGAGACUUGAAACCUAGCAAUAUUCUUUAUGUUGAUGAGUCUGGUAAUCCAGAAUCAAUUCGAAUUUGUGAUUUUGGCUUUGCAAAACAACUGCGAGCAGAAAAUGGUCUUCUGAUGACUCCAUGUUAUACAGCAAAUUUUGUUGCACCAGAGGUUUUAAAGAGGCAAGGUUAUGAUGCUGCAUGUGACAUAUGGAGCCUUGGUGUUCUACUUUAUACCAUGCUUACUGGCUACACUCCUUUUGCAAAUGGUCCUGAUGAUACCCCAGAGGAGAUUUUGGCCCGAAUAGGUAGUGGAAAGUUCUCUCUCAGCGGUGGUUAUUGGAAUACAGUUUCAGACACAGCUAAGGAUCUUGUUUCAAAAAUGCUUCAUGUUGACCCACAUCAAAGAUUGACUGCAGCCCAAGUACUUAGCCACCCCUGGAUAGUUCACUGUGACCAGUUGCCUCAAUACCAGCUGAACAGGCAGGAUGCUCCCCAUUUGGUGAAAGGUGCAAUGGCAGCAACCUACUCUGCUUUGAAUCGUAAUCAGUCACCAGUUCUGGAGCCAGUUGGCCGAUCUACUCUUGCUCAGAGGAGAGGUAUAAAAAAAAUUACCUCAACAGCCCUGUGAAGUGACCUCAAUCAGAUAUUUGGUACCAUGGUAUAAGAUGAUAGCACAAAUCAUGGCGACAGGUAGCACAUAUCUGACAGAUACCUGCAAGCACACUCUGUCCCAGCUGGUACCUAUAAUGCUGCUGCUCCUGCUGCUGCUACUGCUUUCAUCUAUUCUCGCUUUAAACUGUUGAUGGCAAGUUACUGAUCUUACUGGAGCUUCAGAUGGAGUGAUGAGUGGAAUCACGUUCACAUGAGUGGAUCAUGUUCACGAUCGAAUAAACCAGAAGAAUUACGAACACCACCUUUGUCAAAAAUACACUGAAUAAAGCACUCUGCACCACAUAGCAUUAUUUUUAUAAGGAAUAUUUUUUGUCCCCUAAGAUAUUCUUUGUUACAGGUAGAGAUGGACAGUUUAUGUUAAGCACUUAGCUUAAACAAUCUGUUUAUAUUAGCACUAUAUACUUUGUGCCAUCCAACAUUUUGUAUGUUUUUGUAAACAGUUCAUAAGCAGUACAUGUGUGCUGUUUUCUUUAAUGUAUACAUGCCUUCUUUUACUUAGAUUUUAUUAAUCAUUUUGACAGCUAAGUCUGAUUAAACAGUUCACCUGAAUUAAUCAGUAUUGUUGGACAGCUCUAAAAGAAGCCUGACUGUUAAACAGCUAUUGAAUGUAAUACUAUGAAUAUGUAUUUUUCCUUACCUGUGUUUUUUUCUACAUUUCCAUGUUUUUGAGUUUGCAUGUCAUGUUAUGAAAGUCAGAAUACUGUUUGUAGUAUUCAAAAUUAAAACAGUGGGUCUCUCACCAUACUAUAUAUACAAUAGAUAAUAUAACCCGGAGGAAAAAUAACUUGCUCCAUAUCUCGCUGUGUUUUGUGUCAUCCCUCCGCCCCCUCCCCCCCACACACACACACACACGCAUCCCUCCCCUUUUAUUCUCUCCCAUCUAAUAUCUGUACUCAGGAAUCAUUGCUAAAUACUUUCUGAUAGAGGACACUUCUGUAUUGUUUGUUAUAAUACAUUGUUAAUAUUUUAUCUCUAUUCUUUUAUUAUAAGCUGCAAAUGAUUUGUUCACUGAAUGUUGGCAUUAUAAAAGAAAGGCAGUGUUGAAGAUAAAGCAAAAUAUAAUGUCCACUAAUAACCAGUAGCUUGGUAAAAAUAGGUUUAAAUUACAUGCGUUGUGGUUGCAAAACUGAUUAAGCUGAUGUUCAGUCAGCUGUUGUCUAAUAUUUGUAAUUAAUAGCCGAAGCAAAAUGAGAGAAGAAUCAUCCAGGUCAAUCUGGAGUGGGAAACUGUCAUUAUAACUGAACAUGAAAAUAGUAUUGUCAAGGUGAGGUUAAAAUGAAAUUGUUCAGAGUCAGUGCUCUUGCUUUUCCCUAGAUAGAAGCAAGAGUGAAAGACUCAUAGUUUAAAUACUGCUACAAGCCUUUAAUAAUCCUGGCCUUUUGGUGUCUUAAGUAGCUAAAGGCAUAUGUCUAGUCUUGAAAGAUCAGUUGCCCAAAUGAGAAGGUGUAUGGGAGUGUGUUUGAAAUUAGUGAGUAUCCCAUUCCACCAAAAUAAUAUGCUACAUCAGCUCACUCCAGGUAAGAAAAUGGCCAUUAUGGAAUUUCAGCUUUAAUACAUGUAGCUCUGGCUGAACACCUCUUUGACCAGUAACAUUUAAAAAGCAAGAGAUAGAUACAAGUUAGCAUUUUGUAUUUUCUUGAUUAGUGGUAUCAAGUUGCUCUUACCGUGAUUAAUUUUCUGUUUCUCUGAAAUCAUAGAUUUGUUGAAAGGGAGAAUCACUUUUGAUACCACUGACUUGCUCUAUAUGAAUGAGAAUCUUUCUUCUGUUGCAAGAUUUUCUGAGUUUCUUGGGGAAGCUUCCUUUGUUAAACUUGCAAGGGAGCCAAUUUUAUUGCUGCUCUUGAAAAAUAUGAUAAAUAUUUAAUCCUUCAUAAUUUGCUCUGAUGCUGAUCUCCUUAAUUUUGCCAAGCUAGCUGCUGGACUCCCUAAAUCAAGUUCCAGUGCUUUAGCAGACCCUGAUGAUGGAGACUUGUUUUUACAUAUACAGUCUUUAUACCUUACUUUUUAUUGUAAAGGAAUCUCUUUUAUGAUAAGGAUCCUUAAAUUACCAUAAUCUCAAAUCUAAACGCUCAACUGUUCAGAGCAAUUGGUAGCAGGAAAAGGGCAUUUUUUUUCCUUUAAUAAUGACUGCAGUUCCAGUGGGAUUUAGCAAAACCUUCUUGCCUUUCAGAAAAGAGUAUAUUCAACUCUAAGUGACUGCAAGUCAGAUUCAUCAAAGUCAAGAAACUACACCUUCUGGAGUUGCUUUUAAAUGUAUUUAUCUGAAGAUUGUCGUAUCAAAUCAACAAAUAGGAUUUAAGACUAGUACUGUGGAAAUAAAGGGAUGGCAGUACUUGCAAGUACAUUCACGAUGGCAUUUUGAAUCAGGAAGGAAUUUCUCCCACAUUCUAAUAGCAUAUAUAUAUGUGUGUGUGUGUGUGCUUGGCACAGAACAGACUAACAGGAGGAAGCAUUAUGCCAUUUUUCUAUUGGCAAUAUGUGUUAGUUUUAUUUUAGUCAUGUUUUGCAGCCCUCUAGCUAACUGGUCUUUAGCCAAAUAGUCGAGCAAAGUUAAUUCCUACAUUUUAAUGCAUCUAUGUUCUGAAGUAAGCUGUUAGUUUAGACUAGACUUCAAAGGUGUUGCUACUAUGUCAUGUAUAUAGCAGCAUAGGAUGAACACUUUAAAUGCUAGUCAAAACAUGGCAGUUAGCAAAUGAUAACUUAAUGUGUUAAGGUCUAGAUCCACAACGUUUUUAAGAUACUUUCUAAACCGAAGCAUAAAGGGAAGAUCUAUGCAGGUAGUAUGUUUUACAGGCUAGACUUGGUAGGUUUAUAUACCUUAACCCUCCCCCCCCCCCCUUGGAUCUUUGUUCACAAUUAUCAUGUUUAUUUUUAUCAUCUAUUUGUAGCUGCAGUUGUUAAGAAGCUAUAAAGAAAUCCACAUAAUGCUUCUUUGAAAAUCCCAGCACCUUUGUAUUAGACUGUUUGAGAAUACAUGACCGACUGUGUAAAUUUUUGUUGCCGGACUGCAUCUUGGUCUGCAAAGCACAGCAAAUGACUCUAGGACGCGCAGUCAUGGGGGCGGAGGGGAGAACUGCAGAUGCAGGUGAAUUUUCUUUAUAGACUAUGGCUUAUUUUUGAGUCUAAAGUUACCAGUUACUGUGUUUAACACUGUGAGAGAACAGUGGGAACAGUUGCAAUACUCAUUUAAUGACAUCUAAUAAGGGCAAAGUUCUUUAUUCAUGUCACUGUAAUUCUGAACGAAACUUGGAAUUUUUCAAGAUAAGUAUUUAAAACUUUUUUGUUUGGAAAGCGCGCCAAGUGCAUAAGAAAAGAGAUGUAUGAGUCUGGGUGUUUUCUCUGUGUGUUUUGCUUUUAUAAUGUAGUGUACCAACUAAAGCUCUGCUUUUCUAUUAUUGUAAAGAAAGGAUUCAAGGUAUGCUGGUCCUUGGUAAGCAGCAGUGGUUAACAGAUGAAUUUUCACACAUGAAAAUGAUGUAAAUGAUUAGCUUUAUCUUGAUACUCUUGACCUAAUCAAAGGGAAGCUGUACUUAUGAGGGAUGUAAUUAUUUUGCAAUCUAGCUGGGGGGGGUCUACUUAAAAACAUUUUUAAAAAAUGACAAAAUCACAGAUAAAAUAUUUUUCUACAAUUCUAUACAAUCAUACUUUAUACUAGUUUUCUCAGCAUGGCAUGUAAGUGAGUCUAAGGUACUGUUCCAGGAAACCAGUUGGUAUUGUACCUUAUUCUAGACCAUUACAAUGGCAUCUGUUAGAUGCUUGGCAUUGCUGUCAUAGAAUUGAAAUGCUAGUAAAAAAUUGUAUGGAAUACUUUAAAUGAUUGUUUUAUUCAGAGUCUGAUCUAGGGAAUGUUCCAAUCAUGUUAUUAAUGUGUAAUUAGAACUGUUCCAGAUGUAACUAUGAGCAGUUCUGGAAAGGUAUCAUUGCUUGUACCCCUGCCUGAUGGCAGGUUUUGUAGUCUUCAAAAGAAAUUGAAAUUUCUACAAUGAAUAAACUUUCAAACAUA